GGUAGCGGCUUUUCCGCGGGGAGCGGGGCGGACGGGCGGGCGGGCGGCGGCGGAGCAUCCCCGGGCGGCGCAGCGGCGGGGCCGUCCCACCCCCGGCCCUGCCCGUCCGGUCGCGCCCCGACGUGCCGGCGGGCGAUGGCCCCGCGGCAGGCGCAGCGGGCGGGCCCCGCGGCGGGCGGGCGGUGAGCGCUGCCCGCGGGAGCGCAGCCGCGGAUGGCUCCCGGGGCCCGGGCGGUGCGGGCAGCGGGGGGCCCGGGGUUCGCCGCGCCCCUCCGGCCCCCCGGGGCCCGGCAGCCGGGCGGGAGGCGGCGGUGAGCCCGGACAUGGGUGUUUCUCUCCGCGAAGCGCUGCCCCGUGGCCUGUUGGUACCUGCGGACGGGCGCCCGGUGGAAAGUACCUUGUUCUCAUGAAUGGUUCUAGCUCCUCGCCCUGGGCUCUCGCCAUGGACACUAUGAAAACCACCUAUAUCGUGCUGGAACUGAUCAUCGCUGUGCUGUCUAUCGCUGGCAAUGUCCUGGUCUGCUGGGCCGUGGCCAUCAAUAGUACCCUGAAGAAUGCCACCAACUAUUUCCUGGUGUCCCUGGCAGUGGCUGAUAUCGCCGUGGGUUUGUUAGCCAUCCCUUUUGCCAUCACCAUCAGCAUCGGAUUCCAGGUGGAUUUUCACAGCUGCCUCUUCUUCGCCUGCUUCGUGCUGGUGCUGACCCAAAGCUCCAUUUUCAGCUUGCUGGCUGUGGCCAUCGACAGGUACCUGGCUAUUAAGAUCCCACUGAGGUAUAACAGUCUGGUGACGGGCAAGCGAGCAAGAGGCCUCAUCGCUGUGCUGUGGCUCCUGUCCUUUGGAAUUGGACUGACUCCCCUUAUGGGCUGGAAUAAAGCCAUGAGUGGUUGUCCCAAUGCCACCAACGAGACAGGGGCUGACACCAGGACACAGCACCAUGGCUGCUUCAUCUCGUGCCUCUUUGAGAAUGUGGUAACGAUGAGCUACAUGGUGUACUUCAACUUCUUUGGCUGUGUGCUGCUUCCGCUUGUUAUCAUGCUGGGAAUCUACAUUAAGAUAUUCAUGGUCGCCUGCAAACAGUUACAUCAGAUGGAACUGAUGGGCAACUCCAGGACCACCCUGCAGAAAGAGGUCCACGCAGCCAAGUCUCUGGCCAUCAUUGUAGGACUUUUUGCCUUCUGUUGGCUGCCCCUGCAUAUCUUGAACUGCAUCACUCACUUCCACGAGGACUUCUCCAAAUCCAAGCCUGAGUGGGUGAUGUAUAUGGCCAUCAUCCUCUCCCACGCCAACUCUGUCAUCAACCCCAUCAUCUACGCUUACAGGAUCAGGGACUUCCGCUACACCUUCCACAAGAUCAUUUCCAAGAUCCUCUGUAAGACGGAUGACUUGCCCAAGUGCAACACUGACAACAACCAGCACCUGACAGUCGGCGGCCUGAACUCUCCGGUGGCCUCUGUGUCCGUAUGACCCUGCACGUCCUGCUCUGCGGAUUCUGCAGUCUGUCCCCACAUUGCCCAUCCCUGUGCCUAUGUGAACAGUUGGAGCUACCUCCGCCAGGAGCGCUCAGCGAUGACCACUAUGCAGUCAUGCAGCUGUAUUUUAUUUUAUUUUAUUUUUGUAAUUAACACAGUGCCUCCUAGAGGAAUAACCUGAGUGGGGAGACUGAGCACAGCUCACCCCGACUGUAAACCCAGGUUGUGUGAGUGCUGGGGAGCAUGUUGGAUAGGACGCUUCAAAAAGACGGACCCGAUUUCAAACACAUAGUGAUUUCAAAUCGGUUCCAUCUUUUCGAAACACCCUGUAAUUCCUUUCCAGGUCAGACAUUGACUGUGGAAGACCCACGUGCUGGGGGUGUUUCCCUAAUUGUGCUGCUUGUGUCAAGUCCUAGGAUCUUUAUUUUAAUUAUUAUUAUUAUUAUUUUUUAAUCUUUUGUUUCAUUUAGGAGUAAUAAUUUUGUGUCUGUUUUCGGGUUGUUCUUUGAGUCCAUACUUGACAGCACUUUGGUAAUACCCUAAUUAUUCCAUCAAUUGUUUGAUGCAGCUCGUAUUCUCUGAUGGGAAAAAGUCUUACUUAGCCCAGUUGCUGGUGUGAAACUGAAUCUGCAUUCCAGGCUCCGAGGGACGUGACCGUGUUGAUGGGAAAACAAGAUCAGAACUGGCCAGCUAUUUUUGGCCCCAGUAUGGAAGCCCUACUUACUGAAAGAGGAAAAUUCUAGAAAAGAGUGGACUGAAGUUUUAGAACAGCAGUUUCAUUGCCUUUAAAUCACUUUGGUCUACAGGAUUGUGCAGACCAAUGCGACAGGUUUGGUUUCAAAUCUGUUUCCAGCUGUCAAAAUGCAAAAGGCAGAAGUGCCCUAAUGGUCUGAUCCAGAGUCACUGAGGUUUGUGCAGACACUCCCUUGGUGACAUGAUCUCUACAAUUAGGUUUUUGCUCCAAAUCAGAACCUGACAGCCUUGCAGUGCUUCCAGAAGGGCAGGGUUUAGCUGUGAUAGCCGGCUGCUGCAGCUCACCUAGUUCCUAAAACUUGGUCUUGCCGGGCUUCCUCUGUAGCCCAGUAACCCCCAGAAGCUGUGAGUGCUUUUAUUUUGUUUUUUCUAAUAGUGAUUUUUAUUUUUUUACUGUUUAUUUUAAUCCUAACCUGCACCAGUAGCAAGAGAUGGGAAGGGAGGUAAUUUGCUUGAGAAGCUAGAACGCCUUGGCUUGGGACGGGUUUUGGCCCAGCUCUUUGUGGAAGCAGCUCCCCUCGCUGACGGGCCAGCCCGGCCGCUGCGCUGAGCCUGGAGUCCUGGCCCGGCGUGAGGACAAAGCACAACAGUCUUAAUUUGUACUGCGAGUUAAUAACACUCUGCAACCACAGCUCAGUAAUUACUGCACCUGAUUUAAUAUGUAACUGUGAUAUGCAAAACUAGGCAAAGGCAGGAAGAACAGCACAUGGAUUUCUGCAGUACGAGCUCUGCUUAUCCGGCCGGCGUGCCGGCACGUGCGGCGCUGUACGUGAACCGGUGCUCCCAGCACGGCCUUCGUUUUGCAGCCCAAUUUCACUCCACAAUGGAGAGGAACAGGGAGGGGAGUCAGAGAAACACCAAACAGCUGAUGGAGGUGCAGACCCAGCUGUUCUUGACUCGCUCAGACCUGCCAUCACCUCGUGGUCCUCCUACAAACGGGACCCUUGCCUGACGGUCCCUGUGUGGUAAAGUGACGCCACCUCCGAAGCACCCAGUGCCAGCAGCAUCGCAAGCGGUGAGAAGCUGGAGUGCAGGGAUGUGCAUUCAAUGUGCUUUUCAGUGGUUCCUCACGGAGAGAGGCAGAGACAGAGCAGCCUUAGAGCCAGGGGCAGGGAAGGGAGUUUAAGCACAGCCACAGGUCCAGCGGGCAGACUGUGAUAUCUGGAGAAGUUUGUCCCUGAUAAAUUGUACUUGAAUUAUAUAGAAAGCAGUUUUCUUUCUUUUGUUUUCCUUUUUUUUUUUUUAACUGCAUUGCACUAAAAGGGGGGCAACAGACGAUCCUGAGAGUUUCAUUUCUUUGGCAUAAAUGAUGACAAAUACAGUAUAAAAUCAGCUGAAAACGAAGAAAUCCCCUUCCUGCAGCAUCUGCUGUGCGGGCUGGCAUGACCUGCAGGUCUGACCUGGGGCCCAGCACGCAGGCAGAGGGUGGUUCACCAGGAGUGAUGGAUCUCAUACCUGUGUGUAGCAGCUCAGCUGUCAGAGCCAGCCCAAACCUUGGCCAAUCAUCAGUAAGUUCUGAAUGGGUUUGUACAUGUUUAUGCAAUGUCCAAAUUCAGCUACAGCUCUGAGUCUCAGAUACUGGCAUCUCCAAGAAGCAGCUAAAUAGUUAAAAGUUACUGUCCCAUGCGUUUCUCCUUUAACAGCCCCAUUCAGCUUUGUUGCAUCUGCCUUGGUCGUAGUCCAGCUAACUCAUGUAGCCACCUCCUGCCAUUUGGGCAGGGUUUGACUCUCUCCUCCUUCUGUAUUAUCUUUGGCUGUGUUCCUUCAGUUAAUCACAGCGGGAAACAAGCAGGAUUUCACCUGCAGGUCUGGCAGUGUUGCAAAGUGGUUGCAAGCCACAUUUAUCCUCACAACAACAGAUGUCAAGUCUCUUCUCCCACUGGCUGAUUAUGAACCAAACUCUGGGCAGCAGGAACAGACUGAAACGCAGCACUGAACGCACAGAGAGCCGCUUCCCAGAACCGUUGCUCGUGUGCGACAGCUCGCACUGCAGCUCAGCAUCCACGAUUGCUGCCUUUCAUAUGCCUCUUAUGAGCCAGAAUUCCUGCAAACAGAUGCAGUGUUCCCUUAGCAUGACUGUGCCAUGGGGUUGUUUGAGCCACUAUUAACUAUGGCCUGCGUCACUGCCGUCUUUGGGCACAUUAAGUGCCUUCGAGGAUCUGAGCCAAAGUAAUUUCAAGGCAAAAUAAGAAUAGGACACCUCUACCCCCUCCCCUCAAAAACAAAGCUCUGAAGGUUUCUAUAAAAAUGUGAAGUAAAAAAGGGAGAGGAACUUUCUGUAGCGAGUGCAGCUGUAGCUAUUCAGCUAUCACUCAUUACCGCUCUGAUGUACAUAGGGUGGAUGUGUUUUCCUCAUGUUGCUCAGUUUUUGUAUUUGCAGUAACUGUUAUUUACAUACAGAACGCUUAAUUUACCACCUACACAACCUG